CAAACUCUUUUGGCACCCGCAAGCCCGGAGUCGGCAUUUUGUUGACGCCUCAACGGAAAUUUGCGGCCAGAACUGCCCGCUGAGCCAGAACAGGGGAUUUCAGGGCGGUUGGGCGUGGGCCUGAGCUUUCCACGCGCCACCCAAGACGAGACGGCGGUGAUGGGGAUGUGCUUGGCGACGUCUUCGUCGCUGAAACAUCACGCAUCAUGAAGUGUAUAUAACAUAGCGCCCAGACUACCUUUUACUCACGACGGCUCGCAGACGGACUGGCGUGGCCGAUCCUGCUUUCCCCUCAGACAAGCACUGCCAAAGCACCACCACCAUCCCUCCUCGAUCCCUCCCGCAGCUAAGCCUGCAGCCCUGCUUUCAAGUGAGAGGUCCUCCUGCUAGACCGCCCGAAGCGCUAGUCGAGCAUCCCGGACAUCCGAGAACCGCAUCAUCCUCGUGCAUCCAUAGUACGACUUCUGUCUCCCCCACCCAGCAUCUCCCCGUUUGUCGACCUUCCACCUCUCUCCCCCACCAUCUUUACUGUGGUACACAUCAGAUCACGCCUCGCAUUUAAUCGUUGCCAUCCCUUCGUCCAUCUCUCAUCCCCCCAUCUCCGACUUUCCGAUCCUCCGACCCUUCUUUUUCUACGUUGGCACGACGGUGCACCGCGGACCGCCACAAAGCUACACCACCUCUUCUUAGCCCGACAUUCAAAACAUUGACUGGCAGCCGACAACCUACAUACCACCCAUCCCAACACCGCCCAUCCUACAUUUCCGUAGUGCACUUGCGCUCCGACCACCCGACACAAUGACUAGAGUCACGGCGCCCAUGUCGCAGCUCGCCCGCUCGCUGACGGCCAGCCCGUCAGUAGCGCGGCCCAACUUCAUCUCCAGAGCCUCCAAGGCUGCCGUCUCUUUCGCCCAGUCAGAUUUCAGUGCUGAGGGCAGGAGUAGUGAUAAUGAGGCCUCCCGCCGCGGCAUGACCACUGCACACCGGCCCGUGACUGUCCAGCCCAACCCGGGCCGGAUAGUCCCCCUGAUGCAGGGCUUCCACAGCAGCGCCGCCCCGGCCGCUCGUCUCGAGGUGCCCACCAUGGACUUCGCCACACUGCCCAUCAUGGACAUGGAGUCGGCCUCGGACAUGGCCCAGACCAUCCGUGUCCCUUUCAUGCCGGACAACUUCACUCCGGACAGGUCCACCUUCAGCGCCGAGGCCCCCGACGCCCCGCUGCCGGCCGCCGAGAUCAGCGUUGUUGCCGCCCACCCGGACAAGGUGCUCUCGGCCCUGACCGAGGUCGAGGGCAUCGGCUUGGACGGCGUCGAGCUCAAGUUUGUCCACGAGCACGCUCCUGUCACCCGCUCGAGCAAGGGCCACUCUAUGAUCACGGACGUGUGGCAUGGCAUGUUGGACGACGUCUUUGGUGGUCAGAAAAAACCUGCGCUUGCCUGAUCGUAGCAGGACCUCGGUUCUUUGACCACUUCAGAUGAUGACUUGACGAUGGGUUAGGAGUUUCGUGCCAUCAAAACCCUAGGUUGGUUUUGUUUUGGGCCGUUGCUGUUUGUAUCUUGUUGUUUUGCAAGACUGUAUUUCGCCACCACAAAACCCCCAAGCCAUGUUUAUGGCUGUACGCGUUGUAAUUAGGUCCGUCCGUUUGGGACUCUGCUAGCAGUAUCGUGCUAUUUCCAAUUUGGUCUGGCCAGCCAUGGUCUUCCUGACCGGCCCUUCAAUACAGCUGUAUUUGAUGAAUACCUAUCCACUUUUUGUGAGCCAACGGCUCCCCGUCUGAACGUCGCCGGUUUCCGUCUUACUUUGCAUCGGUGCCCGAGUUCUUGUUAUUGGCACACCCCCCCGGUUCGUCUCAUCACGAUGGAAGCGUCAAGUAACAAUAGGAGCACCAGUGACAGCAUCGCUUGAAUUGUC